AUGGAAAGUAACAAGCGCCUGAUGCAGAUCAUCAAAGAAAUGAGGUCUGACAUCAAGAAACUGGAGUCAGAAAACAAGGCUCUGCGUGUGAAGCUGAGCCAGACUGGAAGGAAAGCAGAAAUGCUGGAGAGAACCAAAAGUUCUCCACUUCAUCAGGACGUAAAUGACGAGGAGGCUGUAACUCACGCCAGCCUACGUAGGAAUAUCUCUGCUCCUGAGCUGGAACAGCAAACCAAAGAUAACACAAUGACCGUGAGGCGGUAUUCCAUCUCAUCCUUGCAAACCGUCACUGUCGGCAGUAAACCAUCGAAAUCUCCGAAUCAAAAGCGGACUGACCAAAUGAAUGAGCGAGCGGAGCCAAGCUUUGAAACGGCAGCACAGCCUUGCACCAUCAUGAAGCUUUCUAAAGAUCAAGAAAUUCUCACACGUUUGCCAGUCAGAUCUAGAGACACACAUAAUCAAGCAAGAACCUUCCAGGAAUACAUUCAUAAGUGCAAGUUCAAAGUGAAAUCUGUAACUUUCCUUUUGCCUGUGGAUGUUGCAGCCGAGUCUGGAAAACAGGGUCCUUCCUCCAAGCUCCCAGAAACUCGGAAUUCAGAUCAGCUGGCUACGAUUCAAGAGAACGAUUCGUAG